AUGUUUUUAUGCCUCCCGUGGGAUGGUGAGUUGCACCCCCAGCAUCACGCCGGGUGCAUCUGCAGUUCCUGGCCAUGAAGGGAUUGGGCCUGGCAUCAGUCUAGCACCUCACAGGUGGGCAGGAUGGGGAGGCCAGGUCCCAAUUUUGAGUGCUUUGCUCACCGGCUGGCGUCUGUGGAGCUGGCACACUCCGUCACGCUGAGCCUGCACGGCUGAGGGGGGUUAUGCGGCUGUUGCUGGGGCUGCUGCUCCCAUGGUUCAUUUUCUCCAUGCUGAAAGAUGAAACAUGCAUGCACGAGGAGGACUCUGCUCUCGUCUCUGUAAGGACAGAGAUGAUAGGCCUGCUAAUGACAUCAGGGUGCUGAAAAGCCUUAGAAAAGAAUCACCUUUCAGAAAUAUCUGUUAUAAUGUCCAUUAUAACAUUUAGCAGCACCACUCAACUUAUUGAAUGAGUUUGUGAUAGAUUUUAGUCCAGAAUUAAAGAAAAAAACCUCCAGACUCUGUGAAGUUAAGAUAAGUAGGCCUUGAUGAAAAUGAAUUAAGCUGGUAUAUGUCCUUUGUUAUGAGUUGCAUUUCAAGUUACAUCAUUAGUCAUGUGCUGAUGGGCAAGCAGCUGGUACUUUGAGACUACUGGAGUGCUACUGGGAUCACUGUGCAUGUAGUGACUGUCCCGCCGGGAGCCCCCAUCCAGGCAGCAUAACUUGCAGAACAGGGGCCGGUGCUUUGAGUUUUAGUGUUGUUUAAACCUCUGCACUUUGUUCUGUCAUUCACAUGAAGAGCAGCAGCCUCCCCUCAAGGACUUGCAUUUUCUCCAGAUAAUGUCUUACUCGCAGGCCAUGAGUCAACUCCACCAUUCUUUGUUCAUGUUUGGGGGAGUGAGUUGGUGUCCAGAUCAUUGCGGUGUCUGAAAGCCAAGGUGGUAAGUUUUAGUGCUCUAAAGAGGAGACAGUGGAUGUUGCGGCAGACUGAAAAUGAGCAACCUCGAGACCUGAUGGUCUUCAGCAAGCAUCUUGGGGAAGGAACAAAAAUCUUUGUAUGGCUCAUGUCUGACAACAUGCACCACCAGUGGCUGCUGCUAGCUGCAUGCUUUUGGGUGAUAUUCAUGUUCAUGGUUGCUAGCAAGUUUAUCACAUUGACUUUUAAAGAUCCAGAUGGCUAUGGUGCCAAGCAAGAGCCAUUAAUACUGACAGCUGUGACAAAAGUGGAGGAGGUACAUGUGCCAGAGGAAAAACGUUGGCCUGAAGAAUUCCAGCCAACUGGAAAAGCUUUUUCUGGAAAUCUGAUACGCCAACCCCUAGUUCAUAUGGAAAGACUUGAGCUUCUCAGGAAUGUCUGCAGAGACACUGCAUUGAGAAAUCUCUCUCACACUGCAGUUUCCAAGUUCGUCCUGGAUCGAAUAUUUGUGUGUGACAAGCACAAGAUCCUGUUCUGUCAGACGCCGAAAGUGGGCAACACUCAGUGGAAAAAAGUCUUGAUCGUUUUAAAUGGAGCGUUUUCUUCCAUAGAAGAGAUCCCAGAAAAUAUUGUACAUGACCAUGAGAAGAAUGGCCUUCCACGCUUGUCCUCCUUCACUGAUGCUGAAAUUAAGAAACGACUGAAUUUAUACUUCAAGUUUUUUAUUGUUAGAGAUCCAUUUGAAAGACUUAUUUCUGCAUUUAAAGACAAGUUUGUGCACAAUCCUCGGUUUGAACCUUGGUACCGGCAUGAAAUUGCUCCUGGCAUCAUUCGUAAAUAUAGAAAGAAUCGCACAGAGACCAGAGGGCUGCAGUUCGAGGAUUUUGUGCGCUAUCUGGGUGACCCAAAUCACCGAUGGCUGGAUGUUCAGUUUGGUGAUCACAUCAUUCAUUGGGUAACAUAUGUGGAACUGUGUGCCCCCUGUGAAAUCGCAUAUAGUGUGAUUGGACACCAUGAAACCCUUGAGGAUGAUGCUCCGUAUAUCUUGAAAGCAGCCGGCAUAGACCAUCUGGUAUCAUACCCCACGAUUCCACCAGGGAUAACAGUGUACAACAAAACAAAAGUAGAGCGGUAUUUUUCGGGAAUUAGCAAGAGAGACAUAAGACGCCUCUACGCUCGGUUUGAAGGUGAUUUUAAACUCUUUGGCUAUCAGGAGCCAGAUUUCUUGUUAAACUGAUGCCUAGAAUAAGCUCUGAAGAAGUGUCUGAUGGAUUAAACUAAACCCACAUGAAUACCAGCUACAACACUGACAGAGCUAAGAAUGACCUUUUGUUUUCUAGCUUUUUGAUGUUGCUCCAUUUUUCAGUGAAAUAUUUGUCAUAUGAACAAUUAGGGGCUUAUAGUUGUUGUUUACUGACCAUAUUUUCAACAUGUGGCAUUGAAAUCUAUUAAGAGCAAAAUCUCUGUUAUCUAAAAUACAGAAUUCUACUUACUCCCUCUUCCCUCCAGAAAAAAAAAGGAAAAACCAAUGGGCUACAACCUUCCCUGUCUCUCUCCCGGAUAGAAUGCCUCUUAAAAAAAUAUAGUGAAGCAUUUAUAAAGAUGGCAGUUUCACUGUAGGUUAACUCUGACAUGUGGGUGAACUUAGGAUUCAUGCUCAUGAGAAAGGCAUGUAGAGUCUCCCAUGAGCUAUGAGAAUUAGAGGCCAGUACAGGACUAAAAACUGAAUAAAUGCUUGGCAAGUAAAAUUAUCCAGGUUCUGUCAUGUGGCUGCUAUAAUAACAGUAAUGCUGAUCUAAUCCCAUUUUUUGUUUGUCACAAAAUGAAUCUAAUUGGACAGAAGCUUCAGAACUGUCCAAAAAGGGGCUAGUUCCAGAGCCCGGUUGUCUUUGUGUUCUUGUCAAGUGUUUACUGUACUUACUUCUGGCCUGUUCUUUAAAAUAUUAUUUAACUCCUGGCUAUGUAAGUUAUCUGAGAACAUCAGAUACAAAUGGAGCACAGAAGAAAUAUAAAGCUUUUAGGGAAACUUUAAGGAAAUUUAAUUUAAAAAGAAAGUAUGAGUUGUAUCUGAGGAGCACAUCACAAGAUGCUCUCUAAAUAUCAAACAUUUUAACUUGUUUUAUCUUCUAACAGUUAAGGUUAAAUAAGCUACAAAAGCAGGAUGUCACAUGAAAGAGCUGCUGGAGUUAAUUUGGGUUAAUGCUCCAACUUUUUCUUAUAUCAUGCCUUGCUUAACGUUUAGUACCUUAGAGAAGAGAAAUUUUCUCCUCCUCUGAAAAUGCAUCUCACUAGUGCUGAAGGAGGCAGGGUGAAUCCUUGAUUCUUCUAGUGUUACACUGUUAUGGUAUCCAGAGUCAAAAAUGCCCAACAUCUGUGUUACCAGUGGGUGAGUUGGCAAUUUGCCAGGAGUUUGAAUGUCACUUAAAUUUGUGUAUAUAUUUUGUGCAUUAAAAAAAAAAGCAGAACUGAAUGGAUGCAACCAUAACAUUUGCUUGUGUUUGCAUUCUUCCUGUCUGAUAAAAAAGUCUCUUGUCUGAGUUCACCGGCAAUAAAAAUUAGUGCACUCACUGUCCUGCAGUUCAUGGGAAAGAGAGGCCAUGUAUCUGAGUUAGAGGAAUUGGUCCAUCAUAGUGAGGCAUUUGAGCUGUAUUUUUGAAAUCUUAGUCCUAAAGGAUUAAUUUUCUGACCAGCGCAACAUUGCUGGCUAGAAAUGCUAAUGAUGGUCAACUCUAUGGAAUCUGCUCUUAAAUCCAGCCACAGUAUGUUUUUGAUAGCUUCCUGUAUCAACAUAAGGAAGCAUCUUGCAGUCGAGAAAAAGGAAAGCUGUGCCAAACUGACAUGUGCUGCUGUCUGCAAAAAAGAAGCCCUGUUGUAGUUGGAUGUAAUUUCAGAAAGAGCUCAACUGUUUAAUUGGAAUAAGUGAGAAUCAUUAACUGGGCAUUGUUAGCAAGAGAAUAAUCCAAGGUGGCAAAGCUGGAAGAGUUGUUUGGGGGGGGGGGGUUUAUUUGCUUUUGGGAACAAAAAAAAUAGCAGUUACAGUGCCCUAGACUUGUUAGUUCUUAACUUAUCAGAAAAAGAUGUUAACAGCUCCAGGUUUUUCUGUGUUCUGUUUUUUUUGUUUGGUUUCUUUUUUUGUUUUUAAUACAGGAACUUAGCAAAAUGUAUUAUUAAACGUGUUUUGGAGCUAAUGAGCUGAUGGAUUACCUCUCUGCCGAUUUCAAAUGUAACAGUGUGAAUAAUGUAUAGUGAAUUCAGGCCUUAAAGUUUAAAUCUAAUAAAGUAGAAUCAUUUUUCUCUGAAA